AAGCACGACUCGCUUAUCGCGUCAUUCGGGUCUAGGCGUUGAGCAGGAAACAGCCUUUCCUCUCGGAUUGUCGCACUAGGAACAAACACUAUUUUGUCUUUGCUCAAUGCACCCCACGGCACAGAAGACGCGGAAGCCGGUCAGAAGGAAAAAUGCCUCCUUCGAUAGAGAUAGCCGUCCUUCUGCUCAGCGUCCUGGCUUUGGAGACGCGCCGUGGUGCCAGCGCGCUGUACAUCCAACAGGCAUUUGCGUCUCCCAAUCACACUAAUAACUUUGUGGUUGACCCUGUCUCCGGGAGAGUCUACCUGGCCACGGUCAACACAGUGUACCAGCUGAACGGGACGCUCAGUCUGGAGGUGGAGAAGAGGACGGGACCGGUGGAGGACAACCUGUUGUGCCAUGCGCCACAGCUGCCCCAAGCUCCGUGCGAGCAUCCCAAAUCUCUCACGGACAAUUACAACAAGCUGCUAAAGCUGGACCGAGAGCAGGGGGUCGUGGUCGUGUGUGGGUCAGUAUACCAAGGCUUCUGUGAGCUCAGAAAAAUGGACAAUAUCUCGGAGAUAGCAGUGGAGUUCCCUCCUCAUGGGGAGAAGACUGUGUUCCCGAGCAUGCUCAACAUCGCUGCCAAUCACCCAAACGCGUCCACUGUGGGACUGAUCUUCAGGAGCCACGGGGGCAACACCCGUCUCCUGGUGGGAGCUACGUACACAGGGGCUGGUACCCAGUAUUUCCCCAAGAACCACAGUAAAGAGGACCUGCGCUUUGAGAACACUCCUGAGAUAGCCAUUCGCUCCUUAAAUGUCAAAGAUUUAUCCAGACUUUUCACUUAUGACAUAAACCCUUCAGAAGACAACGUCUUCAAGAUCAAACAAGAGGCCAAGACGAAAAACAAGCUGAACUUUGUGCACGCGUUCAUCCAAAAGACAUACUCGUAUAUUGCCUUUAAUAAUGACGCCAAAAUGGGCCACAAGGAGAGCCAGCCCAACAGCAUCCUGGCCCGGAUCUGCCUGGACACUGACAACCCAAAGAAACCCAGCGGACCCGAAAGCAGGAAACUCACAGAGUCCUACAUCCAGAUGCCGCUGCUGUGUGGAUCUAAUGGAAACAUUUACAACCGGCUUGUGUCCGUUUAUCACGUGAACAUUCCCACGGAGGAACGGUCUAGCCCGGAGCCUUACCUGUUCGGAGUAUUUUCAAAGGCGGACCGAAAGUCUGCCCUGUGCGCCUUCAAGUUCAGUGACAUCGAAGAGGAGAUCCGACAGGCACGGAGAAACUGCUCCAAUUCCCCCAGCAGCGACGUGCAGGUGCUGGAGAGCGUCAUCCAGGGCUCUGGGGCAGCAUGCAUCCAGAAGGGCAAUCUGGUGCUGCAGCCGGAUCAGCUGGACUGUGGAGCGGCCCACCUGCAGCACCCUCUGGCCCUUCGCAGGUCCCUGAGAGCCUCACCGCUGCUGGAGACCCCUUCCCUCACCUCUGUCAGUGUGGACCACGUGCACCAUCACACUGUGGUGUUUCUGGGAACGAGCAGCGGCCGUCUGCGUAAGCUGACUCUGCUGCCGAACCUGACUUUGGUCAAUCAGUGGACUCUGAAGCUCCCUGCGCUCGAGUCGGUUCACCACAUCAUGACCUUUGACCCCACUGACAGAAACUUCCUCUAUGUCAUGACAUCGAACCAUAUGCUGAGGGUGAAGGUGGCGCAGUGUGACCAGUGGAAGAGCUGUGGUGACUGUUUAGGAGCUGGAGAUGCCCACUGUGGCUGGUGCACUCUGGAAAACAGGUGUAGUCUCCAGAAGGACUGCAGUCUGGGUGUAUCUCCGCGCUCCUGGAUCAGUUUGGGAGAGGGGCCUCAGCAGUGUCCAUCCAUGACCCUCACGCCUCCUGAGAUCAGCAUCUCCGCAGACAUCAAGGACAUUGGGAUCUUGAUAAAUGGGAGUGUCCCUGAUCUCAUUGGCUCUCGGGUGGAGUGUGAAUACGGGCCAGGGGUAUCUACAGCUGCGACAGUGCACCUGGACUACGGCCCUGCUCAGAUCCAGACCUGCCCCCUGCUGCCCAGAGAGAAUUACCAGCCCAUCCUCCCCGGCACAGAUCAUCUGACUGUUUCGGUGGCGAUAAAAGUGAAUGGCACAGCUGUGGUAUCUGGGAACUUCAUCGUUUACGACUGUGAACGGACCGGAGCCAUACAUCCAAAGACAUCAUGCGGGAGCUGUUUGAGCACCAGGUGGAAGUGUUACUGGGACCUGGAGAGCCACCUUUGCGUCGCCGGUAAAGAUGAGUCAAAGCACAACCUGCUGGAGGAUGCUGCAUUUUGUCCCAGCCUGGUGGCCACAGAAGUUCCCCCGUCUCCCUCGGGCAUGUCCCAGGACUUUACCAUAUUCCUGAACAACGUGGAGGAGGGCGAGCAGCUGGAGUGUGACUUCGGGACAGAUCAGCGUUAUGAAGCCACCUGGUUGAACAGUUCGGCUGUCAAGUGCAGUGGAGUAACACUGUCCACUCACCAAAGGACUCAAGUUUACUACCUGAAUCUACGCAGAGCUGGUGACUUUGAUGUAUUCAUAGACACACCCAAUCCGAUGAAAGUGGAGGUGUACAACUGCGCGGUGGGCAGCUCUGACUGCUCCCAGUGCUGGGGCAGAGAGGACCAGGGUCACCUCUGUGGUUGGUGCGACAACAGCUGUAAACCACGAGACGACUGUCAGCCAAUCAGAGACCAGUGCCCGGCCCCAGAAAUCUACAAGAUCUUUCCUCUGAAGGGUCCCGUGGAGGGGGGCACACUGCUGACCGUACAGGGCAAGAACCUGGGGCGGAGAGCGCAGGAGGUCGCUGUAACUAUUGGAGACGUGCCCUGUGUUCUCCAGACUUCACUCUACACCGUCUCUGAGCAACUGGUGUGUGUCACAAACUCAUCAGCUGGUGAGAUGACAGAUUUUGUCCAAGUCGAGGUGAACCAGAGCAAGGUGGGGACCUCCAGGGAGACCUUCUCAUAUCUAGCCCCAAAGCUGCUAUCCAUGUACCCAGUGAAGGGCUCUCGAGCUGGGGGUACCAGAGUGACCAUUAGAGGAGAACAUCUGGACAUCGGCUCUGAAGUUCGAGUCACUGUCAACAACACAGAGGAGUGCAUCAUCACGCAGAAAACAGAUGAUACCAUUGAGUGCACCAUGCCUCCAGCUCUGCAGCCACACACAGACUCAGCUCUGGUGUGUGUGGAGUUUGAGAAUGUCCCCUGUCAGUUGGAGAGGGUCAGCACCAUGUACACCUAUGAGAAGAACCCCAUCAUCAGUGCCAUCCACCCCACCAAGAGCUACCUCAGUGGUGGCAGGACCAUCACCGUCACAGGCCAGGGGUUUGAUCUGGUGCAGAGUGUCUCCAUGCAGGUGCUGGGCAUUGGACCAUCAUUAUGCGCAGUGCUCUCUACCUCCCUGAUCACCUGCCCAUCACCGGCCGCGAUCCAGUCCCAGCAGACCUCUGUGCAGUUCUACCUGAACGGAGUGCUCUACACAGGGGACAGUCCUGCUUCGUCUGACAGCGGUGAGGGGGCGGACGAGGAGGACGAGGAAGAGGAGGAAGAGGAGAGUGAUGUUCUUAAAGGUCACUUCCUGUUGGAGUACGUGGAGGACCCACAGUUCUUCACAGCCAACAAGGAGAAGCUGAUUAAACACCACCCCGGAGAGCCGCUGACACUCAUCAUUAAUAAAGGGCCCAACGAUCUGGAGCUGGUACCGGAGGAGUACUCGGUGAUGAUUGGCUCAUAUCCCUGUAACAUCAGCUUUCAUAAUGACCAGCUGUUCCACUGCACCAUCAACGAACCGCUCAGCACCAGUAAGAGCGAGCUACUUGUCACAAUCCAGGUGGGGAACUUCCACCAAACCAUCGCCAAAGUACAGCAGGGAGGCAGCGAGCUGGCUAUUGUGGUGUCCAUCGUGGUCUGCUGCGUUUUGCUUUUGCUGUGCACUGUGGCGCUUGUGGUAUAUUGCACAAAGAGCCGGAGGGCAGAGCGCUACUGGCAGAAAACCCUGCUGCAAAUGGAGGAGAUGGAGUCCCAGAUCAGAGAGGAGAUCCGUAAAGGUUUUGCCGAGCUCCAGACAGACAUGACAGACCUGACCAAGGAGCUGAAUCGGAGCCAGGGCAUCCCAUUCCUGGAGUACAAACAGUUUGUCACACGCACGUUCUUCCCCAAGAUGUCUUUGGAUUAUGAGAAGACCUUGGUUCUGCCUGUCGUCUAUGAAAACGAUUCUCUGGGACCUAAAGCCCUCCCAGAGACGCACCCGCUGCUGCAGGACUGGCAGUCUAACAACUCCACAAAACCGAACAUAGAGGAGGGCAUUGCACUGUUCUCCACUCUCCUGAACAAUAAGCACUUCCUCGUCACUUUUGUCCACGCGCUGGAGCAGCAGAAGGACUUUGCCGUUCGGGACAGAUGCAGCUUGGCCUCUCUGCUUACCAUCGCCCUUCAUGGUAAACUCGAGUACUACACCAGUAUCAUGAAGGACCUGCUCGUGGAUUUGAUUGAUGCCUCGGCUUCCAAAAAUCCAAAACUGAUGCUUCGUAGAACAGAGUCUGUCGUGGAGAAAAUGUUGACAAAUUGGAUGUCUAUAUGCAUGUAUAGCUACCUCAAGGAAACAGUGGGUGAGCCUUUCUUCCUGCUGCUCUGUGCAAUCAAGCAGCAGAUCAACAAGGGCUCCAUAGACGCCAUCACAGGGAAGGCGCGCUACACCCUCAACGAGGAAUGGCUACUCCGAGAGAAUAUUGAGGCCAAGCCGCAGAACAUCAAUGUAUCUUUCCAGGGCUGCGGCAUGGACUCUCUAUCUGUCAGGGUCAUGAACACAGACACAAUCUGCCAAGUGAAGGAAAAAAUCAUAGAGGCCUUUUAUAAAAACCUGCCAUUCUCACAGUGGCCCCGAGCGGAGGACGUGGACCUGGAGUGGUUCGACUCCGGUAGCAACAGUCGACUUCUGCAGGACCUGGACAACUCGUCAGUGAUGGAGGAUGGCAGGAAGAAGCUCAACACAGUCUUCCAUUACCAGAUCCCAGAGGGGGCAUCACUAGCCAUGAGCAUGCAAGACAAGAAAGAAAACACGCUGGGCAGAGUGAAAGAUCUGGAUACGGAAAAGUAUGUGCACUUGGUCCUACCUCACGACGAGCUCAUGGAGACCAGGAAGAAGCACAGACAAAGUCACCAUAAGAAAGUGCUGCCGGAGAUCUAUCUGACACGCCUCCUGUCCACCAAGGGAACUUUGCAGAAGUUCCUGGAUGACCUCUUCCAGGCCAUCCUCAGCAUCCCUCUGGACCGCCCACCUCUGGCUGUCAAAUACUUCUUUGACUUCCUUGAGGAGCAGGCAGAUAAACGAGGGAUAACAGACCCCGACACCCUGCACAUCUGGAAAACCAACAGUUUACCUCUUCGCUUCUGGGUGAACAUCCUGAAGAAUCCACAGUUUGUUUUUGACAUUGACAAGACGGACCACAUGGACGCCUGUCUGUCUGUCAUCGCUCAGGCCUUUAUAGACGCCUGCUCCAUUUCUGACCUGCAGCUCGGCAAGGACUCACCCACCAACAAGCUGCUGUAUGCCAAGGAGAUCCCGGAGUACAAGAAGAGAGUGCAGUGGUAUUACAAUCAGAUACAGGAGAUGCCCCCUCUCAGCGAACAGGAGAUGAACGCACAUCUGGCAGAGGAGUCCAGGAAAUACAGAAAUGAAUUCAACACCAAUCUAGCCGUGACAGAGAUCUACAAAUAUGCCAAGAGAUACCGAAACCAGGUUGUGAACGCUUUGGAGGCCAACCCCACAGCCCGCCGCACACAGCUUCACCAUAAGUUUGAACAGGUCAUCGCUUUAGUGGAAGACAACAUCUACGAAUGCUGCAGUGAAGCUUGAAAUCUCAUCUCUGUCUCUCUCUGAGCUAAGACCAACUUCCUCCUCCUCUUCUCCAAGCGGAUCGUUGGGAAUGUUGGCCACUGAGGGAUUAGCCUUUUUCUAAGUGUCAUUAUUAUUCCCAGCUCUCCACCGCCACAGACUUUAAUAGUGUGAAAAGCAACGGAAGGACAUGGUAUAAAACUGCCUCACUAGCAUCAUCUAUUAGUGAGGUGUACGCCGUUUUCACAUACGGGGAGUCAUUUCUUUUGCCAAAUCUUUUCCAGUGAAAGUAGCAGAUAAAAUGCCCGUUUCGCUUGACUGUCAAAUCAGAGGAGUUUGAAGAUGCUAUUUCUGGAUGUCUUUAGCGUUGCUGGGACCUAAAGCCCUGGUGGCAAAACGCACUGAGCCCUUCUUACAGGGAAUGAGCCAAUGAUGCACUGUACUGUAAUAUAAUGUCUAUAGCAAUAUUUAUAGAUGUGUUAUAACUUUGAAGUGGUCUAUCAGGAUCAGAGAAGGACCUUGACAAACUCCUCCCAUCUCCUAAAACCUGCAAUGUUCUCAGGUGUGACUGCUGACGAUUUUCAUUUCCAUAGGUGCUUUAAAAUGCAAUACUGUGCAAAAGUUUUAGCAAGGUCAAGAAUUCUAUACGUAUUUAUUUUUCUUUAAUUAAAAUGUUCCGAUAGAGCAGUAAUGUGCCAAGGACCAAAUUUUUACUAUCAGUGUUAAUGGAACUAGCUUCACUUAAUCAUAUGAACUCAUUUGUUUUGGUUGAUUUUUUUACCAUCAGUAAAGAAAAUGGUUAUACCGCUGAACUUUAAGAUCUUCGUAUCCUGGUCUGAGCUCUUUACCAUUGCAAGAUAGGACUAGUGCCAUGGCAGUGGCCUUGAAUGCAUCUGUCUCCUUUUGAUUUGUAACUAUGUAUGUACUUUUGAACACUGACACACAUUUGUUAGUCAUUUCAGCCUGCUUUAAAGGUCCUAUAUCGCGUAAAAUUGACUGUUUUAGCUUUAAGCCAUGUUAUAAUGUUGUUGCCUCAUCAAAAACAGACCUGGAGUUGUGUUUUUUUGUUUCAUUCACACAUGGUUUAUUCACCUGUCUGUCUGUUGCAUCUCGAGAUGUCAUGUAGUGGUAGUUUUCAAGUUAACUUAGACUUACUUAGACUUAGACUUAGACUUAGACAAACGUAAUUGAUCCAAAAGGAAAUUAUUUGCACACAGUAGCUCACAUAUCACAAAGAGCGAAAAUAUAAAUGGUAAUAAUAAAUUCUAAAGUAGUAGCAUAAAGAUAUCAAGAGACAGGUGAUGAAAUAACUUAACAAAUAACAUAACAAGUCAAAAUAAAAUAGAAAAAUAAGUAAUACAAUAUAAAAUAACAGCUUUACACAAGCGGUAUUAACAGCUCCUUUUACCUUUUGUUUUGUAGAGAUAGGCAAUUCCAGGGUUGGAAUUAUCCAAAUCAUUCUAGUGAAGGUGUAUGCAGUUUAAAAACACAGUGAAUGUUCCUGUAUCACCACAUGACAUCACAAGUUGAAACAGUUUCAGUUUCAGAAGCCUAAAUAUGCAGGGUUUGUGAUUUAGUUAAACGUGUGAAUGGAGCAGUGUAUGUUUUUGAUGAAGAAACACCAUUAGAACAUAGAUCAGAAAAUAGUGUAAUAUGGGCCCUUUAAAUCCCACUCUAAGACUUUUACACAGUAUUUUUAUAUUAAGUGUGCUUUGCAGGUUGAUGAUGGGGUUCGGAGGAGGAGGGAAUGAAUAGUAAUCAAUCAUUCGCGUGUGGGCAUAGACCCUCACUGAAAUGUAUGAGUCUGGAUGUGAUGUGGUUCAAUGGGACGAGCUGCAUUUGUCAUGUGUUAAUCCAUGUUAAACAAGCGAAAAUCAUCUCGGAUUAAAGGUACACGAUGUAACUUUUCUGGUAGAGGGUCCACCACCUGCUUGACUCUGUGUAGAUAUUAUAGUUUUUUCAUGGAAUGUUCUAUGAUGGGAUAAUGAAUCUUAGUUAAAUGAAGUUAAAUUAAAUCUAUGGGAUUUAAUUUAAGUAUCUCCAUGGAGUCAAGCAGGUCAAGUUACAUCACCAGGCCAAGUUACAGGUCAGAUCUGUGGAUAAGUGGGCCCGCUCACAGUAAGAAUACAAGCCUUCGCAGUAGUUUUGAGAAAUAAAAACACCUAUAAAUGAAUAAAUGUUUAAUUAAUUAAAUGUUUAUUAAUUAAUUGUUUAAUGCAAUACUGUGGCGCAUCCCAGGCAAAGCAUUACCAUCUUCAUGAGGCAACCAGCUGAUAGACCCUCCACCAGGAAAGUUACACAGUGCGCCUUUAAAAAUCACAAGAGGGAAUUUUUCAUAAUUAUAUGGAAAUAAUGUGAGGUCAAUAUAAUCUGAAGAGAGGAUGUUUAUUGUGACACCAAAUGACUUGUCAAAGUUUGUGAAAUAAAUUAUAGUAUUUAGGAUUUUAACCUG